AUGAAGCGCCAUGGCAAGCGCCUGGACCAUGAGGAGCGCAAGCGCAAGCGUGAGGCGCGCGAGGUGCACAGGCGCUCGAAGGAUGCCCGCAAUUUGCUUGGUGCUAAGGGCUGUUGUAGUUACGUGGGUCUCUGCUUGAAUUGGCUUUUUUGCAGCCUGAAAAUGCACGAUGAAUUAACUAAACGACAGAAGGUUGAUGAUGAUGAUGUCCAAGAGGGUGCUCUUCCUCCGUAUCUACUGGAUCGUGAUCAGACACAUCGUGCCAAGGUUCUCAGCAACACAAUCAAGCAAAAGAGGAAGGAAAAGGCUGGCAAAUGGGAUCUUAUCCGGAGUCGUCGCUCAUCAGGUGAAAUCGAUGAACUCAGGAAGAGAAGUGAAGAAGCUGAGGAAAAGCUGGCGAGGACACAAAAGGAGAUGGAGGAGUACAAGAAGCUGACAGAGAUAAACAACAAGGCAAUGGAGGAGAACAAUGCGCUGCUCAAGCGUAUCUUGGCCAUCAACAAUGCUUCUUCGACAUGA